CGUUGGGGUGGCGACGCGAACCGCCCCUCCUCCGGAUGAGUCCUCCGCUGACGAGUCGCCGAUCGUCAUCCAUAGAUCCUUCGACGAAGACGACGGAGAAGACGAAGCAGAAGAAGAAGAGCGGGUCAAAGGUCAGAAGCGAUCUCCAUCUCUGACUCCUUCCUCUCUCUCUCUCUCUCUCUCUCUCGGAGAAGCCGGAGCUCGGACGGGCGGGAAGGCGGCGGCGGCGAGGAAGAAGGAGGAGGAGGGGGGGAGAAAUGUGCGGCAUAUUCGCGUACCUGAACUGCAAUGUGCGGCGGGAGAGGAGCUACAUCCUCCAGGUCCUCUUCAACGGCCUCCGCCGCCUCGAGUACCGCGGCUACGACUCCGCCGGCGUCUCCAUCGAUUCCUCCUCCGUCUCCCUGCCCCCGCUCGUGUUCCGGCAGGUGGGCAACAUCGAGUCCCUCGUCAAAUCCGUUUACCAAGAGGUUGAUGCCACGGACUUGAAUUUGGAGGAAUCUUUUGUUACUCAUGCCGGAAUAGCACACACACGGUGGGCGACUCAUGGAGAGCCUGCUCCUAGGAAUAGUCAUCCUCAGAGCUCUGGUGCUGGAAAUGACUUUCUGGUUGUACACAAUGGGGUCGUCACUAAUUAUGAGGUCUUGAAGCAAACACUAAUACGACAUGGGUUCACAUUUGAAUCUGAUACCGACACUGAAGUGAUUCCUAAGCUCGCCAAGUAUGUUUUCGAUAAAUCUAAUGAAGAAUCAGGUGACAUGACUGUCACAUUUAGUCAAGUUGUGCUGGAAGUUAUGAGGCAUCUUGAAGGAGCCUAUGCCCUUAUUUUUAAAAGCCGGCAUUAUCCUAAUGAAUUGAUCGCUUGUAAGCGUGGUAGUCCAUUGCUUCUUGGUGUCAAAGAAUUGACAGAAGAAUCAAGUAAAGGAUCAUUAUUUCAUGAUGAUAAGUACCCUUCCCAGAAUGGUAAUCCCAGGGAACUGUUCUUAUCGAGUGAUGCAAAUGCUCUGGUUGAGCACACAAGAAAAGUUUUGGUUAUUGAAGAUGGUGAAGUUGUUCAUCUGAAGGAUGGAGGGGUAUCUAUCUUGAAGUUUGAUGGUGACAAAGGAAAACGUGGUGUACUUUCCAGGCCGGCAUCUGUACAGCGUGCACUUUCGGUUCUUGAGAUGGAAGUUGAACAAAUAAAUAAAGGAAGCUACGAACAUUAUAUGCAGAAAGAAAUUCAUGAACAGCCAGAAUCCCUAACAACCACGAUGAGGGGCAGACUUAUACGUGGAGGCACCUGCAAAGCUAAGACUGUCCUUCUGGGUGGAUUGAAGGAUCAUCUCAAGACAAUUAGGAGGAGCCGGAGGAUUGUUUUUAUUGGUUGUGGUACAAGUUAUAAUGCUGCUUUAGCUGCAAGGCCCAUCUUGGAAGAACUUUCAGGAAUUCCUGUGACAAUGGAAAUUGCAAGUGAUCUCUUGGAUCGUCAAGGCCCAAUUUAUAGAGAAGAUACAGCCGUUUUUGUUAGUCAGUCUGGUGAAACAGCAGACACCUUACAUGCACUGGAAUAUGCUCUCCAGAAUGGUGCAUUAUGUGUAGGAAUUACUAAUACUGUUGGCAGUGCAAUUGCCAGAAAUACACAUUGUGGUGUUCAUAUAAAUGCUGGUGCUGAGAUAGGCGUGGCCAGCACCAAGGCAUAUACAAGUCAAAUAGUUGUUAUGGCUAUGUUAGCUUUAGCAAUUGGAGGGGACGCUAUUUCUAACCAAGCAAGAAGAGAAGCAAUAAUCGAUUGUCUUUUUGACCUUCCAAACAAAGUUAGAGAGGUGCUGAAGCUUGACCAGGAAAUGAAAGAUCUUGCUAAGCUACUAAUUGCAGAGCAGUCACUUCUCAUGUUUGGAAGAGGAUACAAUUAUGCUACAGCUUUGGAAGGUUCUUUAAAAGUAAAGGAAGUAUCAUUAAUGCACAGUGAAGGAAUUCUUGCUGGUGAGAUGAAACAUGGUCCUCUGGCUCUAGUGGAUGAGAGUCUGCCCAUUGUAGUGAUUGCUACUCACGAUGCCUGCUUCAGCAAGCAACAAUCAGUUAUCCAGCAACUCCAUGCCCGUAAAGGACGCCUGAUUGUCAUGUGCUCGAGGGGGGAUGCUGCAGCUGUGUCUCUUGGUGGAGCAUGUAGAGUCAUUGAAGUUCCUCAGGUGGAGGACUGUCUUCAGCCUGUAGUAAAUAUAGUUCCUUUGCAGUUGUUGGCGUAUCAUCUCACAGUCCUAAGAGGAUACAAUGUCGACCAGCCUAGGAACCUUGCAAAGAGUGUGACAACUGAGUAAAAGCCCACUGACAGAUUUCUUCUGAUUGUUUUUACCUGGCAGCAAAAUGGAUUAUGUCACGAGAAUGUAAAGUUAUCUUUCCAACACAGUUUAUGUUCUACUGAUCUUAAUGAUUCACUAGUACUUGCACUUUACUGACAGAGGCCAUGGGAGAUCUCCAUUUGUAAUAAAUUAGGAAAAAUUUUCGUAACC